UGUUACAGACUCAACACAAUAGCUAGAGAUAAUCUGUGUAAAAAUCUAGCCAGAAGACACACCAGACUGUCAGCAGCUGUCAGUAAGUUUAUACAUUUUUUACAUGUGUGAGUUCAUCAUAUGACAUUUCAAAGAAACAUACCAGAAGUUCUUAGUCAUAGCCAUUAUUAUAAUCACACAUGAUGUGGACAGGAUGCAGUGGUGCAGUUCCAUAUAAUUCCCCAACAUCUACGUCUUCCUCAUAUUCAAAACAUUUCCCAUCAGCAAUAAAUGAGCUGAAAUCCUUCUUCAGCAAUAAAAGUCAGAGAAGUUUGUUUUUGAAGCAGGUUUACCCUUAAGCAUUGAUGAUAACAAGGUACUUCAUUGCUGUGAUGCGCCUGCAAACUAGUUUUACUCUGAUCGGAUUUUCAUUAUCAAGAUUAUUGGCAUUUUAGUGUAUGACAAUUGUAAUAUAUUAAUAAGCAACCUUUUAGAAAAUGUGUACGACAAAAUUAAUAAUUUUCUGGUAAAGCUUAAAGGCAUUUUGUUUUUUCGUUUAGAUGGCUCAUCACUGAAUAAUGUGCCUUUAAUGUUGCAUGACAAAGUUUAUUUGCUCUUGAUCUCAAAGUCCAGUCAACUGCUUUCAGAGCCUCGUUCCUUAUUCCGUAAAUUAUUAUUUUAUGGGGGAACAUUAUGGCUUGGAACAAGCUUUCUAAUAAUAUUGAGAAUCAUCAGAAGCGAAGGGAACUCACAAUAAUUGUGAGUCCCCUUUGCUUCUUAUUGGUAUAAGCGAAAGUGCAAAAGAAAGAGGUACUAUUCCCCACCUCAAUCAUCUGGACAGAUAGCUUGUGUGAUCUUGUGGUUUCCAAAUGGAGAGCUUUAUUUCUGCCCAGGGGACGUUGGGGCUACCAAACAGCCCGCUGUUCACCUUGCCAAAGGAACUAGAGUCUUCUCCUCGUUUAUUAAAUGGGAUUACUUCAAAAUCUGAGAAGUGACAAUGAUGCCCUGAGAUUCUUUCCACUAUAUCCCCCUUAUGCCAGUAAUAUAUAAUUUCAAACACUGUCAUAUACUAUUAUAUAGUAUCAUUAUUAUUAUAUACUACUUAUUAAUGGAGAGUGAGGUCAUUACAGGGAAAUCUCAGACCGAGGCCUUGAUGUAUGUUGAUACAUCAAGGCGGAGGUCUGAGAUUUCCCUGUAAUGACUGAAUGGACAAGGUUAAUGAGUUAUUUAUUAUAUGGCCUUUUCGUUAUGGACCUGAGCCUGCGAUCAAUUAUUGAAACCAACAACUGGUCAGUGGAUAACUUAAAAAAACACAUCACCUCAGUGAGGUACAUACUUGUACCGUCAGGGGACACUGGUCAGUAAACACCCUUUUUGACAGCUGUCAAUUGACCUUAACAUGGAUGUCCAUAAGGAUGUCCACUAUUAAGUUAAACACAGAUGGUAUAUGCCUUGGACACCCAGCUAGUAAUGCCAGGUCAUUACGAGAAAAUAAUGCCCGUUUAUUAAAAGAAAACAGCCAAUCAGAGCGUGUGUACUAUUGUAGCCAACACAUUCUCAAGACAACUAUUGGAAUUCAUAUUCAUCUACUGCCAUGGCUAUUAGAGGAAGUCAUAAAUUAUUCUGCACUAAUUGCAAUUAUUUUUAACUCAAAUUUAGAUCAAAUCUGGUUUACUUCUGUGGCGGAUAUAAUGUGUGAAGAGGAUGAGGGAAAUGGGGAUGAUGAAAUUGCAACAGAAGUUGUAUCAGAUGAGGAUGAAAUAUUGAGAGUUUGUCAUACCCUGAAGGCCAUGUGACGAAUGUAAUCUAACAGAUUUGCAGGCAGUCGGGGGAUUUUAAACUGUAAAUGCAUCAAAAUGGCCUUGUCAUCACUCUGCAAUAACAGUGUUCUUUUGAAGAUUGAAGUUCCAGUUAUUCACAUGAAAUUAAAGUACACGUAAUGAAAUGAACCAAUCACAACUUGUAGCAAGGUGAAACUAACCAGUGAAGACUGUUGGAACAUGCAUUAAACUAAAGUUUGACUUUACUUCCAUCAUGAGUUUACUGAGCAGUACUUUUUAGACCUGUAGCACUGUUACUGUAAAAGGGGAUUGCAAGUUUUGAGUCUCAGCUAGAUGCAAACGAAAGCUGCCAAACAAUGCUUUCCUUUAGGACUUUGUAUGGUACUCUACAAAGUUUUGAUUUUGUGUUCUCUUGGAAGCAAAAUUUGACCUUUUUAUAAGUACCCUCCAAAAUAACUGGCAAAGAGGUUUCAUUUCAGUUGUCACUUCAGUUUAUCCAAGGCUAUCAGUAAAGUCCAUAAUAAAUUUCUCUCAAUUUUGUUGCGAUUUGUGAUUGGUUCAGUUACUAUUACGUAUCACUAUUACUGUGGCUUACCUGAGAACACUACUUUGGUAACAGACAGUUUUUCUUUUUUUACGUUUGGAAGCAAAGUUUAAGGCAUUAUUUUUUUAAUUCCUAUAGGUUUCGUGGUGCUUAAUCCACCUCCCCUGGUAGAAAACUGCGAGACAGAUGAUGACAGUUUGGAGGCGGUUUGUGGAGAUGAUGACGAGACAUUUUCGUGCUGUAAAGAUAAAAUACCGGGGCUCUGA